UCUAUUCGCUCCGCAGCGAGCAGGCCCGACUGCAUCCUACCGACGCCGCUGCCACUCCGAAUCCUCCUCCCCUUCUUCCCUUCUCUCCCUCUAUAUGAGUUUUCUAAAUUCCUCUCCCGCAGCACGCAGCGCCCCCCGCUACCCAACCGUCGCCACUUCCGCCGGCAUCCGGCCGCUGCCCAACCGUCGCCGCCCGCUAAAUCCCGUCAGUAGAAACCCGCCAGCUGAUCCUCCCUCUGCAAUCCUUCACUCCUUCUCCUCUCUCCUCCCUUCUUUUCCUCUAUCUCCUUUCUGUUUCGCUGUACCGAAUCUGCUGCAGAUUCUUCAAUAAGUUCGUUGCAGAUCUUGCAGAUUAUGUAUUCUGUCACAGCUGUUGCUCCGAAAAGCAGAUACAAGACGCAUAGAAGUGACAACAAGACAUAUAUGUGCCUGGAUGAAUCAAUUGCAAGAAUCAGUAUGCAAUUCCAGAAGAUCCAACUUUCAGCUUCAUCUUAUGAUACUGCAUGGGUAGCUAUGGUUCCUUCUCCAACUUCUUCUAACCAUCCAUGCUUUCCACAAUGCCUUGAUUGGAUAAUAAAGCAUCAACAUUCUGAUGGAUCAUGGGGACUUGAUAAUUUCAAACCCUUUCUUAUUAAAGACUACCUUUCUUCGACAUUAGCUUGUAUAAUUGCCCUAGAACGCUGGAAAGUUGGUCAGGAACAAGUCAUUAAGGGUCUCAACUUUAUUGGGAGUAAUUUUUCAUCCAUUUUGGACAAGCGCUUGCAGUCACCUAUUGGCUUUGAUAUUAUAUUUCCAGGCAUGCUUGAAUAUGCCAUCAACAUUGGUUUAGAUGUUCCUAUAGAACAUCAUGAGAUAGAUAACAUGCUUCGCUGGCGAAAUGCAGAACUACACAGAGAACAAGGAAGUUGCAACGCGAGAGAAACCUAUUUAGCAUAUGUUGCUGAAGGAUUAGGGAAUUUACAUGACUGGAAGGAAACUAUGAAAUAUCAGAGGAAAAAUGGAUCAUUGUUUAACUCACCUGCCACAACUGCUGCUGCAAUGAUGCAUUGUAAUGAUUCUAAGGCAUAUGAGUACUUACAUUCUCUUCUUUUGAAGUUUGACAGUUCAGUUCCUACAUUAUAUCCUGCUGAUGUGCAUACACAUCUUCAUCUGAUUGACAUUAUUGAAAAGUUGGGAAUCGCUGACCACUUCAGACAUGAGAUAAAAAGUAUUUUGGAUAAAACAUAUAGAAGCUGGUUACUUGAAGAGGAAGAAAUCCAUUCAGAUAUAGCCACAUGUGCCAUGGCUUUUCGCCUCCUUCGAUUGAAUGGAUACGAUGUAUCUUCGGAUUGCUUAAGUCGGCUUGGUGAUGUACACUAUUUUAGCAAUACAUUGCAAGGACAUCUGAAGGACGUGAACACUGUAUUAGAAUUGUACAAGGCAUCACAAAUCAAAAUAUAUCCCUAUGAGCAAGGUUUAGAUAAAUUAGCCUCUUGGUCAAGAAUGUUUCUUAAAGAAGCAUUAAUCACCAACCAAAAUCUGGGACACCAGAUUGGUUUACAAGAGGUGGAUUAUGAUCUAAAGUUUCCGAUUUGGUCCAGUUUGGAACGUUUAGAGCAUAAAAAUACCAUUGAAAACUUCACUCUUGACAAUUUACAAGUACUCAAAACUUCCUAUGAGUGUUAUAGCAUAAAGGAUAACGAUCUAGUGAGAUUGGCAUUGGAUUGCUUUCGAACUUCUCAGCGUACAUAUCAAGAAGAACUCCAAAUGCUUGACAAUUGGGUGAAAGAUAACAAACUAGAUCAACUGGAAUUUGCUCGGCAAAAACAUACUUAUUGCUAUUUUUCUGCUGCUGCAACACUUUUCUCUCCUCAAAUGAGUGAUGCCCGCAUAUCUUGGGCUAAAAACAGUAUCCUCACAACUGUGGUUGAUGACUUCUUCGACAUUGGAGGAUCUAGAGAGGAGCUUCACGAUCUUAUUUCGUUGGUUGAGAAGUGGGAUGCAAAUUGGGAAAAGGAGACACAUUCUGAACAAGUUAAGAUCAUUUUUUCUGCUUUGUUCAAUGCUAUCAAUGAACUUGGGACCAAGGCAUCAGCAUUGCAGAAGCGAACUGUCACCCACCAUUUAGUUGAGAUAUGGCUUAGAUUGAUGAAGUCCAUGAUGCAAGAAGCUGACUGGCUGCUAACCAAGGAAGUUCCUUUUUUGGAUGAGUACAUGAAGAAUGGGUUUGUGUCCUUUGCUCUAGGGCCAAUUAUUCUCCCAGCACUCUAUUUUGUUGGACCGGAACUUCCAGAAAGUACUGUUAGGCAUAUAGAGUAUGAGAAUUUGUUCGAGCUAGUAAGCACAUGUGGGCGUCUCCUCAAUGACAUGCAAGGUUUUCAAAGAGAAGGUAAAGAAGGGAAGCUGAAUGGUGUAUCGCUACGCAUUCUCCACAGUCAUUGUUCAAUAUCUGAAGAAGAUGUGAAGCAGGAAAUGCAACAGGAAAUAGACUCUGCCAGGACCGAGCUCUUGAGAAUGGUGCUGCAACAAGAUGGGAGCGUUGUCCCCAGACCCUGCAAGGAUCUGUUCUGGAAGAUGUGCAAAAUACUGCACCUCUUCUACAUGAACACCGACGGGUUUACAUCACCGAAAGAGAUGGUGAGUGCAGUCAACGCAGUCAUCCAUGAACCCAUAAAACCCAAGCUUAACAGUGGCGCGGAGCGGUAAAAGGACAACCUCUCUGUCUCAAUGGCAUUGUAUCAACGAGAUUGAAUCGAGAGAUGCGGCAUUGGUUCGUUUGUUUGUUUGUUUUGUUGGUUCAUCUUCCAGAACUUAAUCAUCCGAUGUUAUUAUUCCAAGCAAUCUACUCUUAUUAUUUAUCGAACUGAUGUUUCAUCCAAAAUCUACUUUGAUUUUUGUUGU